GCUUUGCCGUCUUCGGCGUCGGGUCGCGGGCCUACGGGGAGACGUUCAACGCCGCCGCCAGGAGCUUCUCGCGGUGGCUGCGCGCGCUCGGCGCCGUCGAGGUGGUCUCCAUUGGGGAGGGCGACGUGGACGGCGGGGAUCUCGAGGUCGCAUUCGAGGAGUGGUGUGGGAGGGUGGUGAGGGUGGUGAAGGGGGAGGAGAUCAGGGAGGAAACCAAGGGGGAUAGCGAUGGCUUUGAUGAGAUAGAAUUGGAAGAGGAGGAUUCCGAUUAUGACGAGGAAGAGGAGGUGGAUGGCAGGGAGGUUGACAUGGAGGACAUUGCCGGGAAGGCGCAGGCAAGGAGGCAGAAUGGGAAGGUUGAGGGGGCUUUGUCCAAUGGCGGGGAGAAUGGUCCGAGGGAUAUGGUCACUCCAAUCAUCAGGGCGAGCUUAGAGAAGCAAGGUUACAAAAUUAUCGGUUCUCACAGCGGGGUGAAGAUUUGUAGAUGGACAAAAUCACAGCUCCGAGGCCGGGGAGGGUGUUACAAGCACUCAUUUUAUGGCAUCGAAAGUCACAGAUGCAUGGAAGCAACUCCAAGUCUGGCAUGUGCAAAUAAGUGUGUAUUUUGUUGGAGGCAUCACACCAAUCCUGUUGGGAAGAGUUGGAAAUGGAAAAUGGAUGAUCCUCUUGACAUUGUUAAUACUGCAAUCGACCAACACACAAAAAUGGUUAAGCAGAUGAAAGGGGUACCAGGAGUAAAACCAGAGAGGCUGGCAGAGGGUCUAUCCCCCAGACAUUGUGCAUUAUCUCUGGUUGGUGAACCAAUUAUGUAUCCGGAGAUAAAUGUUCUGGUUGGCGAGCUACACCGCAGACACAUAUCUACAUUUCUCGUUACAAAUGCCCAGUUUCCUGAUAAAAUUAAGACACUUAAACCAAUCACUCAGCUUUAUGUCAGUGUCGAUGCAGCUACAAAGGAAAGCUUGAAGGCUGUCGACAGGCCAUUGUUUUCAGACUUCUGGGAGCGCUUUCUGGAUUCUCUGAAGUCCCUGCAUGAGAAAGACCAACGAACUGUCUACCGUCUGACAUUGGUUAAAGGCUGGAAUGUAGAAGAGAUAGAUGCUUACGCAAAAUUACUAAACCUCGGCCAACCUGAUUUCAUUGAAAUCAAGGGUGUAACAUAUUGUGGCUCGUCAACAACUUCCAAGUUGACGAUGGAAAAUGUCCCUUGGCACUCUGAUGUAAAAGAAUUCUCCGAGGCUUUGGCAUUAAAAAGCGGUGGUGUGUACGAAGUAGCUUGUGAGCAUGCUCAUUCAUGCUGUGUUCUACUUGCAAAGGUUGAUAAGUUCAAGAUCAACGGCAAAUGGCAUACCUGGAUAGAUUAUGAUCGAUUCCAUGAUCUGGUGACAUCUGGAAAACCGUUUAAGAGCCAGGACUACAUGGCUCUGACACCUUCAUGGGCUGUCUAUGGUGCAGAGGAAGGUGGCUUUGAUCCAGAUCAAUCUCGUUACAAGAAGGAAAGACGCCAUGGUGCAGCAGCCCACAAAGACUAACCUAUCUCCAAACUCCACU